CUCACACUGAGAGGUGUUUCUCCUGAAGAGAGGGAAUAUUGUAUUUAUUUUCUCACCACUUAUCAUACGGAAUAAAAACCUUGUUAAACUGGGAUUUUCUCCAAUCUGAAUUCAACUGUAAAACAGAUUUAAUCUCAGACUGAUUCUUCUUGUGGGACUAGUUUUAUUAGGAUCCUACUAGUUGUCUGGUGUGGAUAUAAUACCAGUCUGUCUUUGAGAUGGGGUCCAGAACUCUUCUACUUAUUCUGGGUCUUCAUUUCAGUCUACUGGGAAACCUAGAGGCCAGGGAUUGCGGCCUGGGCUUCAUAGCCAAAACAAGAAAACAAUGUGUUGAUACAGAUGAGUGUAAAGAGUGGGACAGUACCCCACCCUGUGGAAGUAAUGCCGCAUGUUACAACACAUAUGGGAGCAUCUACUGUCACUGUCUACCUGGGUUCAAGUACACUGGACAGUGUACUGUACUGACCUGUGACCAGGUCAAAGAGGAUCAGACUCCUGGACAGACUGUUCCAGGUUUAGCUGGUCUCCUGUCUCUGAUGAGGAAAAGCUGUCUGGCGUUAAGUAAAUCUGGGGACGCAGCCAGAGGGAGACUGACUGGAGAGAUCCUACUGGAGAAUGUCUUCACAGAGAUAGACAGUUUCCUGUCUCAAGGUAUCCUAAGCAACAGCUGGGAGGUGAGUGGGUUGCUAGGUGCCGUGGAGGACACCUUGAUGCUCAUCGGGCCACAGCUCAGAGACACCCACACCACCAUGGAAACAGACCACACAGAGGCAGAGCUAGCAGUGAGGAGGGUACAGACUCCGCCCAUUGGGCCAAUCAGCCUGGCCAAUGACAAUGCUCGACUGGACAUCAGCUGGGAGACAGCCACCGGCAACGGGACAUACCCAGGUUUCACUCUGGCUGGGUUGGUGUGUUACAAGACAGUGGAGAGAUCUGUCAACAACUCCUUCCAGUACCUCACAGACACAGACAGAGACACAGACACAGACACAGACACAGACACAGACACAGGAACCGCCACAGCAUCAAAGCCUAGUUACCAGAUCAGUUCCAAGGUGGUAACAGCUCUCGUCAGUAACCCAGCAACAGACCACCUCAACCAGCCUGUCAUCCUCACCUUCAAACAUCUACAGGUGAGGGCGGAGUCAGCGGAGAUGAACUAUACCUGUGUGUUCUGGUCGGAGGGGCGUGUCCAUGAAGAGGGAGGGGCGUGGUCAAGGAGUGGCUGUACCAAAGUCAAGUCUAACGCUACACACACCGUGUGUUCCUGUACCCACCUUAGCAGCUUUGCUGUUCUCAUGGCCCUCUACCCUGUAAAGCACACCUUUGAGCUGCGUCUGUUGACGUGGCUGGGUCUGUCGGUGUCUGUGGUGUGUCUGUUGCUGUGCAUCCUGACCUUCUGGCUGUGUCGGUCCAUCCAGGGGACACGCACCACCAUCCACCUCCACCUCUGUGUCUGCCUCUUCAUCGCUGACCUCAUCUUCCUCACCGGCAUCUCUCACACACAGAGCAAGGGAGGAUGUAGGGUUGUAGCCGGUCUCCUCCACCUGUUCUUCCUAGGAUCCUUCAGUUGGAUGCUGUUAGAGGGGGUUCAGCUCUACCUCAUGGUGGUCCUGGUCUUCAACACAACCAUAAGACCUCUGUACCUGUAUGCUGUGGGAUAUGGACUGCCACUGGCUAUAGUCAUCAUCUCUGCUAUCACCUACCCAGAUGGAUACGGUACCACACAACACUGUUGGUUGUCUCUGGAGAGAGGAUUCAUCUGGAGUUUCUUCGGCCCAGUGUGCACCAUCAUCAUCCUCAACGCUUUCUUCUUCAUCAUCACUGUCUGGAGGCUGGCCCAGAAGUUCUCUAGUCUCAACCCUGACCUCUCCAACCUACGCAAGAUCAAGGUGUUCACAGUGACAGCAGUGGCCCAGCUGUGUGUGUUGGGUACUAUGUGGAUAUUUGGAGUGUUCCAGUUCCAAGAGGAGGGGACAGUGGUACUGACAUAUCUCUUCACUAUCCUCAACUCUCUACAGGGAGCACUGCUGUUCAUCAUGCACUGCCUACUGAACAAAACGGUGAGAGAGGAGUAUGGCAAGCUCCUGUCCUGUAUCUGCACACCACUGAAGAAGAGAUACUCAGAGGUCAGCACUACCAACCCUUCUUCGAGCCAAUCCCAGGGGUCAAGGAGCGCAGAGAACACGGGGGAGUCGCAGAUAUGACGUCACCAAACCCCCAUAAUGCACCUCUUUACCCCUCCUCCCAUGACAAAGGUUCCCACUAGACGGCCAAACUGUAAAGUCAAAAUGGUCGAUAUCGUAAACAUUUAUGAAAACCAAUAUUUGCGUUUAGCGGUGUGGUUAAGAUACACUGUAGAAAUGGGCAGGGUUUCUGACUUAGUAUCUUGGCCAGAUAGUGACAACCCAGAACCACUCAGCCCGAGGAUAGUACUGUUCAGCCCAGGUUAGUAGAAAAUGGGUCCAACUAGCGUGUCCAAAUAACUUUUAAGAAUAAGCCUUUAUAAAUGAAUAUACAUGUUUAUGAAUUAUUAUAAACAUUAUAUGUACAUUUUUACGGAAUGGAAGGCUAGUAAUGUUUACACAUUCUUAUAAAUGUUUACAAAUAUAAUUGUAAAUAGUUUAUAAACUGUUAAAAGGUUUAUUCAUAGUUAUUAUCAAGUGUUACCAUGGACACCUCUAUGUACCUCUACUACCAUUAAAACGUUUUGGGUAACUUAGAAAUAAAUGUCCUUGUUCAUGAAAGAAAAGCACAUCAUUUGUCCAGUAAAAUAACAUCAAAUUGAUCCGAAAUACAGUGUAGACAUUGUUAACUUCUUGGGGCUAUGUGGGACGCU